AUGUUUUGCGUAAGUGCCGCACGGCUCACCGCUCUUGCAUCUCAUCAACCCAUACUUCCACCGUCCGUGUCCACCCGCGUCGCUGUGAUGCGAUUUUUGGGCGACGGAAGGAGUCGUAUGCCGAACAUAAACACGAUCAAUACACUAAUAACGAAAACGGGAGCCAAGGGACUAGCCGGCAAUGCGAGUGUUCUUGGGAAGGCAAUGUUUUACCUGAAGCGCGGGAACCCGGUAGGUGCAAUAGCCGAGAUUGAUAAGAUCCUUCCCGAAAUAUCAGAUGACGCCUUGAAGCGUUUUGCAGUCGGAAUCCGUCUGCGUGCCAGGAAUGAUCUUUUGGACAUGAAGGAAUCAGCAUUGAAAGUUCAUGGGGGUAUAACCGAGUUGGAGGUGUCGGAUAUACGUACCGCCUUGCGUGACGAUUAUAAGGUAUUGGAGGCAGCAUCCCCCGGAUGCUGGCUUUUUGAAUUGGCCGUGGCUGAGUACAGACUCUACGAGGGAUGUGCGAAGGACGCAUAUGACUCUUUUCGUCUCGUAGAAAAGUCGAUACAGGAGUACAUUCUUUCUUUGAAGAAGCCGUCUCCUUCGCAGGCUCUACAUGGUACGGACAAUCACGCCUCUUUGGUGCUGGCGUUUCAGCUGAGUCGUGCUCGCACCCCUAAUGUGCCAAAAGUUUCUUCAAAGAUCGUCGAUGAAGCGAUUAAGGGCAUUGUAGAGGGAUACUCCACGAAGGAAGCAACCUUGGCAUUCAAAAAGGAUCUUGGUGCUGCUCUUACAGACGAGGAGGUAGUGGAACUCGUCUACAUUUUCGAAGCUGCGCACAUACGCCACCAUUUUCAUGAUUACUUUCCUUUGCAUGAGGACUACAGAGGAUGGGGCUCUGAACGUGCAAACGCAGCGAAGGGAACUUUAGCAUCACAUUCUACUUCCUCUGUCUUCCUUGAUGACAAAUUGCUCGCCAGCAUCAGGACAUCAGUACCCCAUCAGCCGUUCUACGCUGGCGAGGAUGAACUCCGACGGUUUAUGUCUUCGGAUCACAAGGACUUGAUCGCCGAGCUCAGGCACACUUUUGGAUCUGGCCCCAAAACUUCACUUGCGAAGUCAGAGGAUGCGUACUUUGAUGCUUUAAAGGCCGUGGAGAACUCUCCGAUGUCAGCCGAUGCAGCCGGCAGCGCCGCGUAUCCGGUAAGUCAAAAUGACAUUUGUCUCUGUCUGGCCCAACAACUUCUUUAUCGGACGCGGGUUAAUAUCGCCGUGGCUUUAACACAGCUGGAUCGUCUUGAAGAAGCCGUGCCGAUUCUAGAUGGGGUUAUCAAUGCGGACGAGUACAUUUACAUGUGGCGUGCCCUCCUUGCCAGGGGGGAGGCGAACAAACGGUUUGGACAUAUUGGAAAGUCUGAUGAAGACUUUCGUCAGCUGCUGCAACUUAAAAGGAUUACUUCUGCUGAUGCUUAG